UACCUUCUGUAUGAGAAGGCGGGGAAGAAGGCGCCUUCACCGGCCGAGCCGUUUCCUCCUCGCAUGUGUCUUGCAAACGAGGAGGGAACAUUCGCCUGCGGGAGCCAUGUCUGAAAGCGGCUCCGCGUCCGCCGCCGCCGCCGCCAUCCCUAAUGGAGGGAGCGCCGCUCGGCAUCCCGGCAACCUAGUCACUGUAGUCCUGGGAGCACAAUGGGGCGACGAAGGGAAGGGAAAAGUGGUGGAUCUGCUCGCGCAGGACGCGGACAUCGUCUGCAGGUGCCAGGGAGGCAAUAAUGCUGGACAUACGGUUGUUGUGGAUUCUGUGGAAUAUGAUUUUCAUCUGUUACCCAGUGGUAUCAUCAAUCCGAAAGUCACAGCAUUUAUUGGAAAUGGUGUGGUAAUUCACCUGCCAGGGUUAUUUGAAGAAGCGGAAAAAAAUGUUAAAAAAGGAAAAGGUUUAGAAGGCUGGGAAAAAAGGCUAAUUAUAUCGGACAGAGCCCAUAUUGUAUUUGACUUCCACCAAGCUGCUGAUGGCAUUCAAGAACAACAAAGACAAGAGCAAGCAGGGAAAAACUUGGGAACCACAAAAAAGGGAAUUGGUCCAGUGUAUUCUUCUAAAGCAGCUCGAAGUGGGCUCAGAAUGUGUGAUCUAGUUUCUGACUUCAAUGAAUUUUCAGAAAGAUUCAAAGUGCUGGCCAAUCAGUACAAAUCUGUUUACCCUACGUUAGAGAUUGACAUUGAAGGAGAAUUGAAAAGAUUAAAGGGCUAUAGGGAAAGAAUCAAACCAAUGGUAAAGGAUGGUAUAUAUUUUAUGCAUGAAGCUUUGCAUGGCUCUCCAAAGAAGAUUUUAGUGGAAGGUGCAAACGCAACAUUAUUGGACAUUGAUUUUGGUACUUAUCCUUUUGUAACCUCGUCAAAUUGCACUGUGGGAGGUGUUUGCACUGGCUUAGGUAUGCCACCUCAGAAUGUGGGUGAGGUAUAUGCAGUUGUGAAAGCAUAUACAACUAGAGUUGGGAUUGGUGCCUUUCCUACAGAACAAAACAAUGAAAUUGGGGAAUUGCUACAGACACGAGGAAAAGAGUUUGGUGUGACCACAGGGCGAAAGAGAAGAUGUGGCUGGCUUGAUCUUGUAUUGCUUAGAUAUGCUCAUAUGAUCAAUGGAUUCACUGCACUGGCUCUUACCAAAUUGGAUAUUUUGGAUGUAUUUCCUGAAAUUAAAAUUGGGGUUGCCUACAGAUUAGAUAAUAAAAUCAUACCUCAUUUCCCAGCAAACCAAGAAGUCUUAAAUAAAGUAGAAGUGCAGUAUGAGACCUUCCCAGGAUGGAAGAAAGACAUAUCAAAUGCAAGGACAUUUGAUGAAUUGCCUGUAAAUGCACAAAACUUUGUUCGAUUUAUAGAAAUGGAGCUCGGAGUUCCAGUUAAAUGGAUUGGAGUAGGAAAAUCCAGGGAGUCAAUGAUCCAGCUCUUCUAAAGAUAUUGGAUAAUUUGAAGAAAAGAAAGCACACUCCACAGAGACUGCUUGUUCACAUACACACACACUCACACAGACAUGUGUGUCUUAACCCAAUAAGCAAUUUAUUUGGAUGAGGAAAUUGGAAACAUCUUGUAAAACAACAAUGUAAAACAACUAGAGGUAGUCUGGGGAAAAAACCCAGUUGUUGCUAUAAAACAUUGACAUAUCAGUAUCAUUUAUCUUACUUACUUUGUAAGUUCCAAUGGCAAGUACUGCCACCAUUUGCCACUGAUAUUUUUUUUCUCCAGAUGUAUCCCCAGGCCUUUUUUCUGUUUAUGUUUCUAAGUCUACUGUACAUUUGCUUUUGGUGGUAUUACUUCCUGAAAUUUUGGAUGCUUAAGAUAAUGCAGUUUUGCACAGAGUUUUACAUCUUCAUUUGUACUCCUAGAGCUGUUAUACUUUGUAUGGUUGCUGACGUAGUGUGUGAUUAAAGAGAGGGGUGAUUUUAUAAUGAUGACAAACCUAAUUUUUUGUUACAGUUUUUAUUACAAGGAUAAUGAACCAUAGUUUAGAUGGGGUGCUUAAUAUGUAUACAGUACAACUUAAUUUAUAAAUGAUAAUAUUGGAAGUGCUUAUAUCCUCGUAUGGAGUUCAUUCUCCCCCCCCCUUAUUGAUACUUUUACAUUUCAGAGUUUCAUCAUUCAGUUCAAUUAAUCAUUUCGUUGGCCUAUUACCCAAUCUAUUCAGUAACAUCCAUUCAGAGGAUGAUUGGAAAUAGGAUGACCUAAAUAUCACUUAAUUAGCUUCUUAACACAGAGAGUCCUCAUGGGUUAAGAUGACUUGACUACCCUAUGUAAAUAGGCUUCAGAGACAAUAUUUAUGUAAAUAUUGACUUUUUAAAGAACUGAAUUCAUCCUUGGCAGAUAUUCAAGACAAUAUAUUCUGUAGUUUCUAGUUGUGCUUUGCUAAAUACUUUUCCUUCGAAUAUAUUGUAUGUCUAUAUUGAUCUAGCUUGUAGAAAUCUAAGUAAUUUCAAGCCAAUUAUAUUCUUUAACCUUGACACCAUUCAUGACCUUUUCUUACUCUGUGGGCAUUAUUUUGUAAGAUGAAGAAUGCUGAUUUUCACUCUUGUUUCUAUGUAAUUCUUCUGUACCUUUAUUCCCGCAGUAUUUUAGGAGGGGUGAGCCACAGCUUCACGUAGGAUGCAAUAAGUGAAUGUACAUGUAUAUUUUUAACUGACAUUUUAUUAAGAGGUUGUAUCUAAUAGCUGUCUUACAGCACAGUAUCUAAAAACAAGAUGCUAACAUCAGGGAAUUUAACUUAAGUUUUCCAGUCCUGUUCAUAUUUGCAAGGUAUGCAAAGUAUUCAUGUCAUUUGAAGUACAUUUUCCAGAAUGUACAUUUUCAUGAUCGUUGUGGUGAGUUUUGAAAAAUAUAUCCUAGAGUGUGAACUCUUAAAAUAAUGUAUUAAUUUCUUUUGAUAAAAUGUGAGGAUGGAGGGGAAACAGCAGCUUUUAAAAAAUUUCUAUGAAAAUACCACCUCACUUUCUGGGAAAGUUAGCAGUAAGCUUUAGACCGAUAUAGAUGUUGCAUGAAGAAACAUGAUAAAGUUCUAACAUAAAUAGAAAAUCCUUACUGUAAAAUAACCAUGAUUCAACACUGUAAUAGCUGUUAUUUCUUUUUACUUUGGAGGGGAGGGGUUGCACAUGGAAUUUUAUUUUGAAAUAAAAGGAAAUUUACAGUCAGCAAAAAGGGGCACACCAAGAUUAUCAAAAUAAUUUUAGACUAGGUUGUCAGAAAAAUCAUAUGCUUCAAUGACUAGAAGUUUUGAAAAUGUUCCAGACAAAAUAAAUGGAAACCCUGGUGCCACAAUGCCUUUUUAGAAGAUUGCUUGUUUGUUAAACAUGGUCUUGCAAAAAUUGUAAGUCAUCUGUUAUUGACAAGAUAAAGUAUUUUAGAAAACCAAA